AUGGUCACGCAACAGGGCGCUCCAAAAGCCCGCAGCGGGACCGGCACUAUCACAACAUCGACCAUCAACAGGCUCAGCAACCCGCGCACCGAUCUCCCCUCCCCGCCAAUACUGGAUCGCCGCAGCAGCCUCCCCCCACUGGGUGGAGGAAGUGGAGGACAGGAUUUCACCGGCGACGACCAUGAAUGCACCGGCGACCACGAGGAGCUCGACUCCCACAUCACACUCAUGGACUCAAUGGACCUCGACUCGGUGAGCAGUACCACCGACGACCCCUCCCCGCGUACGCGGACCCGCCGACUAUGUCAAGCCCCAGGGUCAAAGUGUUCACAUUCGAUGCCAAGGCGGCAUACCGGGGGACAGAGGGGGCAGCUAGACUUUGGCCUCCCCAAGGUGAUUGAUGAUGCAACAAGCAUCAUGGGGAAGAUCCACGACCGGGAAGUUAUAGAAGUGAAACGCAAUAGGGACUAUCAUCCGCAGAGGGUGGGUAGUGCACAGAGCGGUCGUAGCAUUGAGAGUAGGUCGAGUACGUCCAACUCGAUCAGGGAAGAGGAGGAGGAAGAGGCGGAAGAAGAGGAGAGGAGGCGGAGGAAUGGUGGAGAAAAGAUGGGGAGACAGAUGUCAGCAUCGGGGGCGAGGCCGGAGGUGUAUAAAGGCAUGUCGGAAGAGGUGGGGAGGAAGGGCCCAAUAUCAGAGCUGCAGACCAGCCCUAGACGAAGGCAACGGCUAGCUCAGUCUGUUGAAUCACUUGGGUUCGACAGGAAGGAUGGUGAGGGUGAAGACGGAGAGCAGGUUGGGAUCACAAUGAGUGCAUGGAGACGACGAAGGAUGGAGAACCAGCCAGCAGGUUCUAAAAAGUCUUCGUUAGAGUACAGCAAGGAAGAAAAGGAUGCAGAGACUGCGGCCCUUGAGGAAAUCAGCAAAGGCAAAGAAAAGAUGGCAACAAACGGAUCAGAUACCGCCCCAGCAGCAGCGACAUCAAACGGGGCUCCCGUGCGACCAGGACCACGCAGAACUGGUGGCAGUCUUGGAGGCUCAGGCACAAUCAGGGCUCCUGGGACCCUGAUGAAUGGUAGCAGCAAUGGUUUCGAGCGAGGAGGGAAAGGAUCGGUCAUCCCAGUACGAGACAGUAACAUUGGUAUACAAUCAGGAGGGAGUAGCGGUAGUGGUGCAGGCGCCUCCAAAACACGCAAAGCAGCAGAUGAGAAGGAGGGAACCCGCAAUAGAUCACCGACAAUCACACAGCAGCGGGCAUCCCCACCACUAGGCCGUCCCGCCUCUGGCUUGUCCCUACGAAGCGGGCUCCCUCGACCGUCAAACUCAGGACCAAACACGCCCAUCAAAACCUCAAAGUCGUCGAUUCCCUCACCCGCCCCGCCUAUCCGUGCCAAGACCGGGUUACCCUCACCCUCAACCAGGCACGAGCGAACAAAGUCGUCUGCGCCAUCAUCGUCAGCCCUGCAUCGGUCGCACUCGUCUACGUCGGCAACAUCCGCUACAUCCUCGACAUCCGCUAACGCCAAUGCUGCAGCUGCAGCAGCCACAACCACGUCUGCAUCAACAACCUCCCGCUUCCAAGGAUCAUCAACAAUCAGGAGCAGGGAACCCCCAAAACUUCGUGGGUUUGCUGGCUCUGCUGCCCAGCCGUCAACAGUGCACGAAGCAUCAAAAGAAGAUAUUUCGCGAAUGCCCGAGAGCCCUCUCCCAUUCGGAAUGACAAAAUCAUCGUCUUCAUCUGGACAGUCGUCUAGUCGGCCGUCUUCUAGUCAUUCGGCAAUAUACAGUCCGACGUCAGCUACCGCGGAUAAGGGUUCAAGGCAGGAGGAGGAGCAUCAUCACAUUGUCGAGCAUUUAGAAACUCUUCGUGAUGAACAAAAGCCAAGGGAACGCCGCCGUGAGGAGAGGAAAAAGAAGGAGGAUGAGCGCAAGGAUGCUGAACGAGAGGAGGCGAAGCUGAAGGAUAUCAUUGCAUCAAUUGACUCUCUGGGAAAAGACCAGGAAAUCCGAUCGCCGUCAAGACUGUCGAGGACGAAAUCGUUGGACUCGCUGGUACCUAAUCGUGCAUCUCUAGAUGCUGAGAAGAAAACGCCGUCAAGGCCGAGAUCCGCUGGUCGUGAUUCGGAAAUGGACUUGGAGACGCCAUUGAAGCUCUUUUCACCCACUAGUGAGAUGGGAGACUUUACGGCAAGAUUACUUAGAAGCCCUGCCGUUGAGGAUUACGAGGAUCUACUCAAUCUCGUAGACAGUGACAAAGAAGAGGAAGAACAACAACGUAACAGCAAGAACGUGCGGGAAAAGCAAUCACAAAGGGAGCCAAUCAGCCCCCCAAUGAGCCCCGAGAGCCUCAACAGCCCCAUCGCAGAGAAGCACAGCGGCACAGUUGAGGAGCCGCAAGAAACCACCAAGCCCGGCAAGCUCCGCCGUGCAAUCAUCAAAACAGCCAUCAUCAAGAAAACGGUUCGCCCAAAGAGCCUCGUCAUCCCUAAGCGCUCUAUCCUUGAAGAAGACUCUGACGACUCGCUCGACCAUCUCAUCAAACACGAUCAAGACUUUUCCGCCCUUCUCAAGCCAGGCUCCAGCGACGACGAGGACGACAUUGACAGCAUUGAAGUUCUUGUCGCUAGCAAACCCUACAACCCACAAGAAACAAAGGACCAGCCCCCCCGCUCAGUCUCUGACGCAACGACCGGCGAUCGCCAGUCAGAAGCCGAGCGCGCCGUCCACGAAAAACUCAUGAACAGGUUCAAGACUCUGCAGCUCGAAGUACGCUCUGUAGCAAGGGGCAUUGAGGUGCUUGAGCAGUGGCUAUCUCCCGGCGGCGAGACAAUAUCGUCAGGCUCAUCAUCCGAUAUCAUCAGCGAGAUCUCGGAGCAGGAGGAGAUUCUUUACCGCUUGCGGUGCGACGAGGAACGACAACGACUAAGACUCCAGACAAAGGUCCUUGAGGAUGCGCUUAAGCGUCGCGAUAUUUGUCUCGCAAAUGCCCCCGAGUUUUCGCGCGUCCCCGUCGUUCUCAAGGACCCCCCGCCAGUCGGCACAAAACCAACAAGAGCAAUCGUCUUCACCGCAAUCUGGCUGUUCCGCCACGCAUGGACAGCCAUUCACAGCAUCGGGCACGCGCUGUGGCUCCUCACCGAAUACAUCUCCGCCAUACCCGACAUGAUCACAGAGCUGUGGGCGGCCCAUUUCGGCGCCGCGCCGGAGGUGGAGGAGAUUGUGCAGGAGACUGUCGAGACUAUCGUCGAGAUGGCGGCCGAGGAGAUAGUUUGGGGGGCGGAGUUUGUGUGGUAA